CACUGGUGGGUGCAUUGCUGGGCACAGGUGGGUGCACUGUUGGGCACAGGUGGGUGCAUUGCUGGGCACAGGUGGGCGCACUGCUGGGCACACGUGGGUGCAUUGCUGGGCACAGGUGGGCGCACUGCUGGGCAUAGGUGGGCGCAUUGCUGGGCACAAGUGGGCGGAACUUGUGUGUGGCACAGGUGGGCACCGAUCAUCAGGGCACUGAUGAUCAGUGACCCUGAUGAUCGGUGCCGAUCCCUGUUCUGACAACUGCCGGUUUUCGGCAGUACUUUCCUCACGAUCUGACAGCGUGAGGAAAGUGCAGCCGAGAACCGGCAUUUGCAU